AUGGACAACUCCAAAAGACUGUUUGGUGUCGUAAGGAAGAAGCUUCUCCGGCGAUCUCCGAGCAGUAUCACCACCAUUCGCUCAUCUAUCCCACAAACCACUAAAAAACACAUCGCUGCCACUAAAAUUCAAGCCUUCUUCAGAGGUCACCUGGCAAGGAGAGCGUUUAGGGCGUUGAGGAGUCUUGUGAAGCUUCAGGCGGUGGCGAGAGGAGUGCUUGUGAGGAGGCAAGCUCGAAUAGCUUUACAUUGUAUGCAUGCUCUUGCUCGCUUGCAAGUUAGGAUUAUAAUGAAGCAAAGCAAAUCACAAGCAGUAGAAGAGAUUUAUUAUACUUGGGGAAAAGAAGCUGAUGAAAGGUUCGGUGGGGGGUACCUUGGUUCACAAGAUAAGGUUAGGCUUCCAUUGAGACACUCCGUUUUGUCUGUUAUUUCCAUUACAACUCCAUCAAGGCCGUCAUCUUCUACGCCAUCAACUCCGUCUCCUACGCCUUCUACUCCCAAAACGUCUCCUUCGCCACCUAUACCUUCUCCUCCGCCUCCAACUCCCAAAAAAGCUCCAUUUUCAUCUCCACCACCACCAACACCAUCGCCUCCUCCUCCAAGUCCCAAGAAAACUCCAUCUCCACCCCCUCCAACUCCGUCUCCACCUCCUCCAACUUCGUCUCCACCGCCGCCAGCUCCCGUGAAAGCUUCAUCUCCACCCCCACCAACACCGUCUCCACCCCCUCCAACUCCGUCUCCACCGCCGCCAACUCCCGUGAAAUCUCCAUCUCCACCACCGCCAACACCAUCGCCUCCUCCUCCAACUCCCAAGAAAUCUCCAUCUCCACCACCACCAACACCAUCUCUUCCACCUCCAACUCCCAAGAAGUCUCCUUCUCCACCACCGUCAACACCAUCUCUUCCACCUCCUACGUCUCUACUGCCAUCAACACCAUCUCUUCCUCCUCCAACUCCCAAGAAGUCUCCCUCUCGUUCACCGCCAAGUGAUGAGUCAUCAUCUCCUAGCCAGCCUUCGAACCCACCUCCGAAAUAUCAUCAUGAGUAUCCACUGGAACACAUUGGACGUUAUUAUAGUAACAUGGGACGUGUUGGGUUUUGUCGGGGAGAGAUGGCGUACAGUUUCUACACGAGGUUGUUUAAAGUCAGCAAGUAUUGUUGCAAUCUUAUCGUCAACAUGAAAAACGAAUGUGACGACGUUAUUUGGGGAUACUUCCAGGAUCCUCUCUUCGUUCCUCUUGUUCGAUGCACUUGUCACGUCACCUUCUAG